AUGUCGCCUGACAUUGUGUCGCUACAAGUGGGUUUAAUGAAGCGUAAUGAUCUCCACUACCGGUACCAGAUGGUGUUUGUAGGGCUUCUUGCCUACAUCCUGCCCCCUUUUUUCCUACCCGCUUGUUCACAAUGGCGCCUUUCACUGACGAUGCCAGGGAAACGUUUGGAAAUGUACCCAACCAAUGGUCCAACACUAGAAAUCACGAAUACUAUUGCAGAGGACACGCGACUAGGUAAGUUAAACAAGGUCUCUUUGACAUUUUCACUAAGUUGCGAAAGCAAGGUCGAACCAAAUGAGACUGUGACCAAACAAAAGGCCACACCAUAUUGGCUUCAUAUAUACGAAGAAUAA